ACAAUUUCGGAAGCGCGUGAUUUCCUGAGCUGCUGGCAUCAGCAAAAUGUUCUUGCCCCUUAGCGCUGCUUUACGUAUGCUGCUCGUGACGUUCAUUCUUACAUCGAUAUGUUUCAUCGCACAGGCGUCGUCUCACAAAAUCAACAUGAGAGGAUGUGGAUAUUCGCGGCCUCUAGGAAGGGUAAUCAAUGGCCGCGUCGCUUCGAAGCUGCACGUACCUUGGCUGGUGCAUGUGGUCUCAGUCAGACAUGACAACAGCAAAGGUGGGUGCGGUGGAAGUAUCAUUACGAAGAACGCUAUCCUGACGGCAGCCCACUGCGUUGUGUCAAAGAAACAAAGGAGCAAGAGACUGCUGGUGUACUACAACACCACCAGAGUUCUGAGGGGACCCUUUAUAGAGGUGACGAAGGCAAUAAUCCACAAGAAAUUUAAAAAUGCAUUCUUGGGUUACGACAUCGCUGUGCUGAAGCUGGCUAAGCCCAUUCCAAGAUUUGACUGGUUUGUAAGACCUGUGUGCUUGCCUAGACAACACGAGAAGACCAGGAAAGGCCCAAUGCUCUUGGCCGGCUACGGUCGUCCCACGUACAAGAAGACAGGCAAGAGACUUCUCUACUACAUAACGAAGGCGCUGCCUGACGUUUCUUGCGAUGCUGCUCUUGCUGCGGAAUGGGGAAUGUUCCCAGUGAAAAGAAGCCUGCUCAUGUGCAGCAAGAGCACUUGCGCGAUGAUGUAUAUGGGAGACUCCGGCAGCCCCGUUACAGCGUACACGCAUCUAGGACAAUCGACGCAGUACGGCAUUACCUCGUUCCUCAGGUCCGAUAAUUCCGGACGUGCCCCAACUGUGCACACUCGCGUCUCCAUGUUCAUUGAUUGGAUAAACCAAUCGCUUGAAUUGAAAGACAAUUGAGGAAAGAAUUGUUAGAAUACCCACAUGGAAUAACGGACUAUUAUCCGUAAAGCUCUACAAAUGGCUCUCAUAUGAAAACCAUCUUUGUUCUUAGAGAAUAAAAUAC